ACAACACCCUCUGGCGUGAGUGUUACAGCAGAAUAUGGCUCCCGACUGUUGUUUCUGCAUUCCUAGCCCUGUGGAUUGUUAUCCUGAUCGCAAUGCUUGCGAACAGCUAUGGUAUGGUAUGGAAGCUCUUCGUCCUGAGGAUGUUUGGUCUGCCGUUUGAUAAGCCUGACAGGACGCAUUUCCAGUUUGAUAUAUUCCUAUACUACGCCUCGACAGAGGAUCAAGACCUACUGUCAUGGAUAUUCACCACUUUCAGACAGGAAAUGGAGGACAUGCGAAGUCUACGCAUGUGCAUCCCUGAUCGAAAUUUUGAUGUUGGUGUGUCGACGGCAGAUGAGAUUGUUACAGGCAUCAACAACAGUUGGAAAACAGUGAUAUUUGUCACUGAAAAGUUCCUUGAAGAUGAAUGGUGUUUCUUUACUCUGUCGUCUGCCCUUUACUCCACCACAACGCUGAUGCCGAAACGAGUCCUUCUUCUGUACACCCAGGACGUAUUGGACAAGGGGACUUCCCUGCCGCCGGUGUUGGAUCAGCUUCUUGACCAGGGCACCGCCAUGGAACUGGACACAGACAGUGAUGACGACUGGUGGGCAGAGCUUCAGGAGAAGGUGCUGGCGUGGAUGUGAACAUUAAACCUGGCUGAUGUGAAGAUGAACACUGGAGGGGGCCCAUCUAAGAAAGAUCUCCGACUACAUUGGCCGUCUCCUGGAAGAACAAGUCGGCAUUGAAACCCAUUUCAGCAGCUCUACACUUCUUAAAACUCAAUUUCUGGUGUCCCCCGCCGUGAUGUUGCUGGAAUAUUGCUAAAAGCGGCGUAAAACCAAACUCAGUCAGUCAGUCUUAAAACUCUAUGGUUACCCAAUGGUAGGAGGACUAUUUACAAAAAACAAUAAAUGUUUGUCUACAGGUCACUGGCCUAUGUAGGUGAACCUUCCCGAAACUUUAGAAUGAAAGAACACGUACCAUCUACCACCAUAUGAGACCGGAAAUCAGCCAUCUUGGACCACAUCAAAAGACCUCCAGGACAUCACCAAAUGACUGGCAGAAGGUCUGUUCCAAUCCGCCCACCUAAGCACUGAAUCACCAGAGAUCGGGGACACCUCAUCCCAUCUGCCAACAAUAAUUGAUUAAAAAAUACCCCCAAUAUAUCAUCUCGAAACAUUAGUUGAUCUUAUUAGCUUUGUCCUGUUGUAUAUUUUAUCAUUUGAAUACACACUGCCUUUUUGAAUUUUUCACUACUUGAAUGCACAAUGCCUUCUUGUUUCUCUUGUUAGUUGAAUACGCAAUCCCUAUUCAUUUUUAUUGUUACUUAAAUACACAAUGCCUAUUUGUCUUUGUUGUUACUUCAAUACAAAAUGCCCAUUUGUUUUUCUUGUUACUUCAAUACAAAAUGCCUUUUUGGUUUUGUUGUUACUUGAAUACACAAUGCCUAUUUGUUUUUCCUGUUUCUUAAAUACAAAAUGCCUUUAUGUUUUAUUCUUGUUAGUUGAAAACACAAUGCCUAUUUGUUUUUGUUCUUACUAGAAUACACAAUGCCUAUUUGUUUUUCUCGUCACCUGAAUACAGAAUGCCUAUUUGGUUUUCGUGUUACUUGAAUACAUAAUGCAUAUGUUUUUCUUGUAACUUGAAUAAAGAAUGCCUAUUUGCUUUUCGUGUUACUUGAAUCAACAAUCCCAUUUUGUAUUUAUUAUUCCUUGAAUACACAAUGCCUAUUUGUUUUUCGUGUUACUUAAAUACAAAAUGUCUUUUUGUUUUUGUUGUUACUUGAAUACACAAUGCCUUUUUGUUUUUGUUGUUACUUGAAUACAAAAUGCGUAUUUGAUUUUGUUGUCACUUGAAUACAAAAUGCCUUUUUGUUUUUAUUGUUACUUGAAUACACAAUACAUAUUUGGUUUUGUUGUUACUUGAAAACAAAAUGCCUAUUUGAUUUUGUUGUCACUUGAAUACAAAAUGCCUAUUUGGUUUUGUUGUCACUUGAAUACAAAAUGCCUUUUUGUUUUUGUUGUUACUUGAAUACACAAUGCCUAUUUGGUUUUGUUGUUACUUGAAUACAAAAUGCCUAUUUGGUUUUGUUGUUACUUGAAUACACAAUGCGUAUUUGGUUUUGUUGUUACUUAAAUACAAAAUGCCAAUUUGGUUUUGUUGUCAUUUAAAUACAAAAUGCCUAUUCGGUUUUGUUGUUAUUUGAAUACACAAUGUGUAUUUGGUUCUGUUGUUACUUAAA